UUUAGCAUGCAUGAAUCAUUUUAGUGCUUCUCAGUCUGUGUCUAUCGUUUACUGAACAAGCACAAAUUGUUAUAUUUUAAUGCGAAGCAUCUGUGUAGUAUCAUAAGAAAGCAACAUGGGGAAGAAAAAAGGAGGUAACAAGAACAAAUUGUCCAAAAUGUCCGAGGAAGAACGGGCACGGUAUCUUCAACAUCGGGCCGACAUGGAAGAAGAAGCUCGCCGUCGAAAGCAGCAAUUGAUUGCAACUUUCAUGAAGAACAAAUUGAAACGCGAAGAUGCUUUCUCUCGGCUUAAUUUGGCGAAAAUCAACCAGGAAUGGCGUAGCAUAUUGCGUAACAUCAAGUGCAAGGAGCUGCGUAACGAAAUCGAACUGGUCGAAAAGAUGUGCAAAGAGUGCAUUGAAAACAAAAACAGCAUCAUUCGGCGACUACUGUGCGAUCUUGAUGAAUCAGAGGAAAUUUACGCAACAAUGCUACAUUCUCACAUGGAAAAGAUUCAGAAAAUUCUCAACAUCCAUAACGAUCGGUUGCAGUUCUUGAACCAGUUGUACGAAAUCGAAAAGAAGGAAAUUAUUGCUAACUAUGACCAGGAAAUAACCAACUACAAGAGAAAAAAGUUUGGUUUACAAAAGGAUUUAGAAUGUGUAUUCUACGGAUUGGCUGAACGAGCGGGACUUGAGCGGAAACAGACAGAAGAAAAUCACAUGUCGAAAAAGGAUGAAUUGAAAAAUUCGAUGAUACUUAAGCUGGAGAUAAUUACCAAGGAACGUGAGAGACAUAUGGAAAAAUUAUGGAAGGAGUUCCAAAAGGUUCUUAGUACAUAUCUCCGCAACACGGAGGAAUAUCGAAAUGAGUACAGCAAACUGCGUGAUCAGGAUGUCAACGAUACCAAAAAUAUUCAGAGCCACUACGGUGAGGUCACUCGAUUAGUAGAAUUGAUUGGAACCUUACGACAGAAAUUAGUUACCAUCAAGGAUGAGCAUGAGUUCAACAUAAGGCAGCUUCAAAAAUCUAAAGUUGAACUGCAGGAUCGAGUCAGAAACAUCAAACAAGAGAUGGAGAUGGGAUUGAAAAUGGACGAAACUAGACUGAAACAGUUGGCAGUUCACAGUAACGGGGCCAUCAGGCAUCUGCAAAAUUUAUUGAAACGAGGUAACGCUAUUCUACAGAUUGCCAAGUUCUGUAAAAAGUUUGAAACUGAGAAUGAAAGUUUGCUGCCCUUCGUUCACAGUGCUGUGAAGCGGCAAAUGUUUGAGAUUGACGAGGUUGAACUCAAAGAGCCUAUAACGGAUUUUGAAAUAUUUAAAAAGGACACCUUCGGAAUGGCAAAAAUGUUUGAGAAUUUUUGGAUGAGAUUCAACAAAGCUAAAAUCGAUUGCGCUUGCUUGCAGGAGGAGAAACAACAACUACUAGAGGAAAACGAACGACUUAAAAAUCAACUGAAGGAGUAUUUGAUUACUGUAAACAUUAACAAUGGAGGUUUAUUGGAAUCCAAUGAAACGCUAGUGGCCAAAAGACCGAGCUCAAUGAAGGUAGAGAAAGUGAUGCAUAUCGAUCUGAAAAUCAAAGCCGUUAGAUAUAAUAAAAGCGGUCAACGUAGACCAGUUACCUGCAUCGAGGGUAAUUUGAGUAAUGCCAUACGAACUGAUAGAUUGUUAGAACUUCGAAGCAAACCAUCGGAGUUAUACUCGUUGAUUCAGCAGUCUACGUAAAA